UGUUGAAUGAAGCAGAGCCAAACCUGUGGCUCUCACUCGAUGCUUAUCGAUAAGAUCUUCUCCCUUUGUAUCCCCAUAUACCCAUAUCAAUUAUAGAAGCUUUCAUCUAGGAUGAUCAUGGAGAUAGCUUCCUCGCUCUCUUCCUCGACAAGUUGUCCACAGAGACUUCAUCAAAUAAGAGCAAGACAAAAGGGUGCGAUCUCUCCUUUCAAGUCCCACACUGUGUCCUUCAAACUUGGUUCCAAAAACUGCAGAACAUGCAGUGGAAAAGGAGCAAUCGAAUGCCCUGGCUGUAAGGGAACAGGGAAGAAUAAGAAAAAUGGGAACAUCUUUGAGAGAUGGAAGUGCUAUGACUGCCAAGGAUUUGGUCUAAGGAGCUGUCCAAGCUGUGGCAAAGGUGGACUCACACCAGAGCAAAGAGGAGAAAGAUAGACAAGAAAGAAAGAUAGAAAGGAAAACAUUAAUACCUCUAGCCAUGAUGUAAAGCUCGCUAAUGAUAAUGGAAAGUAUGUUUAUUCCAUCCAUGUCUACUUCUAGCUUGCUCCAAAGGAAAGAAGAUGACAAUGUUUUUCAGAAAGAUUGAAUGAGGAUGCAAGAAAGGUGCACGGCAGCAGAACAGACUGUUGAAUAAAAUCAAUUCUUAACGGAUUAAUUAUC